AAUGAGCAUAUACACACGUCACAAUAACUAAUCAUGUGACGAGCACGGAUGUGCAUGCACUCGUAUCCAAGUCUUUGAUGAAAAAAAUGUAGAUUUUGGAAUUUCAUUGGUGGUAAAUGUGUUUUCAACAAUGUAUUUUUGGGCAGUUGUGAGGAGUAGAUGCAUGUGAAAUCAGAGUGACUCUUUGUAGAUUUCUAUUUAUGUACUAAGAUGAAAAGAAAACAGAAAAUUGUAAGGAAUGAGGCACACAUAGUUGUUUAGUAGAAUCCAAAAGUUUAGUUUGGUUCGUCUCUAGGAGUUGAGACUAAUUGGAUGAGGAGCAUUAGGCCACACAAAUUUUUGCCUGAGGAUUGAGUUGCCACUUGGCAAAGAGAGUGAUCACUCGUUGCUCUAUCCUAGGAUGAUAACUUUCCUUGGGCUAACCUUUUGACACGUGUUGUUAAUCCAUGCCCUGAGGAUUCGGCUGGCGUAUUCCGCCGGAGCUUGUCUAUAUAGAUUGUUUGCUGUGUGAGUUUGAUUUUGCACUUUGGUCCACUGUUAUCCAAUACCAUCCUAAAUCUCCAACCAUGUCAGCCUUUGUUGGCAAAUAUGCUGAGGAGCUUAUAAAGAAUGCCAAGUACAUUGCCACCCCAGGGAAGGGCAUAUUGGCAGCAGAUGAGAGCACGGGCACCAUUGGCAAGCGUCUAUCCAGCAUCAAUGUCGAGAACAUUGAGUCCAACCGCCAAGCACUCCGUGAACUUCUCUUCACCUCCCCCAAUGCCCUAACCUACCUCUCAGGUGUCAUUCUCUUCGAGGAGACCUUGUACCAGAAGACCACUGAUGGCAAACCCUUCGUCGAAGUCCUCCAGGAAAACAAUGUCAUUCCAGGUAUCAAAGUUGACAAGGGUACCGUUGAGUUAGCUGGAACAAAUGGAGAAACUACGACUCAGGGCUUUGACUCUCUGGGAGCUAGGUGCGCACAGUACUACAAGGCCGGUGCCCGGUUUGCCAAGUGGCGCGCCGUGCUCAAGAUUGGACCCACUGAGCCCUCUGAAUUAUCUAUUCAGCAGAAUGCACAGGGGUUGGCUCGCUAUGCCAUCAUCUGCCAGGAGAAUGGACUGGUGCCAAUUGUCGAGCCAGAGAUUUUGACUGAUGGGGACCAUGACAUCAAGAAAAAUGCAGCUGUCACUGAAACUGUGCUUGCAGCAGUUUACAAGGCUCUCAAUGAGCAUCAUGUUCUUCUUGAAGGCACACUCCUUAAGCCCAACAUGGUCACACCAGGCUCUGACAGCCCAAAGGUUACACCCGAGGUGAUUGCUGAGUACACAGUGACUGCACUGCGCCGGACAGUCCCAGCAGCAGUGCCCGGGAUUGUGUUUCUGUCCGGAGGACAGAGUGAGGAGGAGGCAACGCUGAAUCUGGAUGCAAUGAACAAGUUGGAUGUGUUGAAGCCAUGGACUCUUUCGUUCUCGUUUGGGCGAGCUUUGCAAGCAAGCACACUUAAGACUUGGGGUGGGAAGAAGGAGAAUGUUGGGAAAGCUCAGGAGACAUUCUUGACAAGGUGCAAGGCUAACUCAGACGCCACUCUUGGAAAGUACGGUGGAGGAAGUGCUGAUGGAUUGGCUUCUGAGAGUUUGUUUGUUAAGGGAUACAAGUACUAGUUGUAGUACUAGACCUUUGACUAUAUGGGGGUUUGGGAGUGGGACUUAUAUAUCAAUUGUAAAAUUGUAUUUAAUUUUGUCCAAAAAAAACAACUAAAACUU